UGUUGGAGGUUCUGAAUGUGUGACCCGGCUCCACUUACUGUUUUCUGUGUGUGUGUGUGUGUGUGUGUGUGUGUGUGUUUCAGUGCUAUCCAGCUGGAUCUAAGCCACACCCCUGAGCCGCGGCACAUCCUUUCUCGUCACUCUCUGCCAAUCACAGACCUGCACUGUGGCCUGAUGGGAGCUCAGGCCAGAAUAGCCACCGCCUCCUUAGACCAAACCGUCAAGGUGUGGGAGUUGUCCUCUGGCGAGUUGCUGCUGUCCGUCCUGUUUGACGUGGAGAUCAUGUCGGUGACCUUUGACCCCAGCGAGUACUUCCUGUUCUGUGGAGGCAGCGACGGAAACAUUUUCCAGGUGUCUCUGUGCAGCCAGAGUCUCAGUCGGGACAAAUCCUUCCAGUCCGACAACGAUGGGAACCAGGUCUUCAAAGGACACAGGAACCUGGUGACGUGUCUCUCGGUGUCGAUGGACGGGACUCUCCUUCUCUCUGGGUCGCAUGAUGAGACGGUUCGACUCUGGGACGUCCAAAGCAAACAGAGCAUCCGCUGCCUCGCUCACAAAGGUCCGGUGACGAACGCCAUCAUCAUGGCGGCUCCUGCUAACAUGUUCCUGCCCGACAGUCGGCCUGCCAUCCCUCUGCCACGCUUCAGCCGACACCUGCACGCCUCCGAGGGCGACGGGGGCGAGUCAGGAGAGGUUUGCGUCCGACUCGGACCCUACAUUCAGGAGGAGGAGGAGACGUACCUGCAGAAAGCUGACCGGCUGAACUCGCUGAUGAACGCUGUGACUGACAAGUCGGUGUUCGGUGACGGCGAGAACACGAAGGUUCGAGUCGCAGAGCUCGAAGAAGAAGUUCAGACGCUGAAGAAGGUCAACAAAGAUCUGUACGACUUCUCCAGCCAGCUGCUCACCAAGCCCACAUAGACACAUGUACACACAGUACACACACUCUGUACACGCUCUGUACACACAGUACACACGCUCUGUACACGCUCUGUACACACAGUACACACGCUCUGUACACGCUCUGUACACACAGUACACAC